GCACACUACCCUUGUCAGCUUUAGAUAACUCGCCGUCGUUAUAAAAAAGAAGAGAGAAGAAAGAUGGGAGUAUUCACAUUCGUCUGCAAAAACAAAGGCGGAGAAUGGACGGCUAAGCAAUACGAGGGAGACCUCGAAGCCUCCGCUUCUUCCACCUACGAUCUCCAGCGCAAGCUUGUUCAGGCUGCUCUCUCCGCCGAUUCCUCCGGUGGCGUUCAGUCUUCCUUCUCCCUCGUCUGCCCUACCUCCGCCGUCUGCCAGGUGACCAUUGGUGGUGGUUCCGGAGGAGGAUUUGCUGCCGGUGGAGGUGCAGCAGCUGGAGGCGGUGGUGGAGGUGAGGCCGCCGCAGCCGCAAAGGAGGAAGAGAAGAAGAAGGAAGAAUCUGAGGAGGAGGAAGGAGACUUUGGUUUUGAUCUCUUUGGUUAAGAAGGGACCCAUCAAUAAACUCUUUUCGAACGUGUUAGUUUUUGAGGGUGUUGUGCUUCUCUUAUCGAAAUUGUUUUUUCUUUAGAUUGAACUUUUUGCAAGAAGACUAUAAUGUUAUGUCAGGAAAACAUGUUUGGUU